UCUCUGUUCUCUCCGGCUCGAUAAACCUAGAAUAAAAUAUAUUCAAUAUUGUUAUGAAACUUCAUUUCUUUCUCAUGUACACUGAUUUUACACAUUUUUAUCGACAAAUUUACCGACAAAAAGUUGUUAAAUAGCGAAACUUCUGAUUUGUCAAAUCCUAUAAGAUCAACAGUCUUUAAUAUUACUUCGUCGGUAAAAGUAAAUGGCUGCGGGCUCUCUUCAAUUAUUCUAUAAUGUAAAAUACUUUUGAAAAAACUUCGUUAUUUUCAUUAAAAUUACAAAUCAUUUAACUUAUGUGCAACAGAAAGUCCAAUAACCUUUUAGUUUCAAGUAGCACGACACAACGAUAAAUCAGGCAGACGUUUUUAUUUUCGAAUAGUACAAAUCAAUUACCAAAUAGAAUAAAUUUUUUUUUCGAGGACGGCAAAUUCUCAAACAGCAAAUUAGAAGAAUUUCCCCACAGACGUGAAUGACAAUUGUAUGUGUCAUUCUUGGCGCAAGAGAUAACAGCGAAUGAAAAGCAUCGUAGAAGACAGCCACCUUUGGCCAUUUAGAGAAGUGCGGAGCGUGGAAGAAAGGGUAAAACGCCAUUUAAAGAUAUGCGCUCGUCAAAGCAUGAUAAUAACGACGUGAGAAACAAAUAGGCGUGUAGACGACGGACAUAUAAACACCUGUUGCUGCACGAACCGCAAUGGCCCACCUGUUCAAAAACCUAACCAAUAGUAUUUGGCAUGCGUUCUAUGCGUUAAAAGUUGACUCUAGCAAUACAGUCACCAAGUCAAAAUUAAAGGUUCUGACAGCUAAUAUUGGUACAUUAAUGGACUUGUAUGGUGUGGAGAAAGGCUUGGAGCAUUAUCGAAGCACUCAAAAUCUAACAUUUGAUCAGUAUACCUAUUAUUUGCAGAAAGAAGUAUUCUCUUCUAUCACUGAUGCUACUUCCAUACAUACACUGAGAGCACUGGAAGAAGGAAUAGAUGAGAUCUGCUGGCUGAUAUGUAAGAAAAUGUAUUUGGAAAGGUCCCAUCCAGUUUUCAAGGAUCACAGUGUCUAUCAGUUAUUCAGAAUUUAUUGUCUACUUGCUGAAACUGAGCCUGAUGCAACGGAUGCUUAUCUGGUAACAAUGCAUGGCGACGAAGUGGCGCGAAUUGCUUCUCAUCUUGUGAUGUCCUUGGGUUUGCAAUGGGAUGCUGCAGAUUUCUCAGCUCUGUCAGCAGCUAUUAGGAUGUUCAGGUUCCCUACAUUCUUAGCAGUCCUUGAAUCCAAAUGCAGUGCUGGCAACACCUUGGAUAAUGUCGCAUUGACAGAGGCAAUCGAUGAUCUCUAUCAAAUAUAUGUGGAAAACGUAGUGAAGAAGGGGUACUUGAUGAAGAAAGGCUUUCUAUUACCAACGCUGCGGUAUUUUUGGUUCGUACUGCGUCCUGGCGAAUUGGCAUAUUAUAAGGAUUCUCAACAGAAAGACCCAUCUGGCUUAAUAGUGCUGAACGCUAAUUGCUGGGCAGAUGCUUUGAAUAAUAGUGGCAAGCCUGAUAGAAGAUUCGUGCUUAGCACUCCCGAGCACAGAUGCAUUGAACUAAUGGCAGAAGAUCACAAGGGUAGGCUGCAGUGGCUCGCGGCUUUGCAAACUGCUAUUCAGCAUUCGGGCGAAAAGAUAGGUUACCAGAGAAGUUUGGCCAAUCAAAGGAGAUCCUUACGACAGGCAACUAAGCAAGAGAAAGAGGAGACCAAGCUGGAACUCCAACAUGAAAGACAAGCUAGAGUUGCUGCUGAAAUACAGGCUCGGAAACUGGAAGCUUUGUCGAAAGAGGAAUGUGCUAAGGUACAACAGUUGGAGGAUGUGAAGCAUAAACUGGAGUUGCUAUUGCAAGAGGAGAAACAAGCUUUACGUGACGAGGAGAUAGUACGAAGUCUGCAAGCGAGAGUUUUACGUGAGGAAUGGGACAAAAGGGAACAACUAGAGAAGCUGCAGGAAGAGCAACAAAAACUAUUGGAGAUGGAGAAAAUGAAGAGACUAGAGUUUGAGCGAAUGCAACAGGAGAAUGAGCGACAGUUGCAAGACGCCAGUUUGCGACUGCAGCAACUGGAGGCAGAGAGACAACACUUGGACACUGAAUUGCGCGCCGCGUGUGAGAAGGUGAAACGCGCCGAGGAGGCUCAGCUUCUGCUGGAAGCUCAAAUUGUAGCGCGACCGCUGAGAGGAGGUGACAAAAUCAGACGCACUCAGAGCUUCAUACCAACAACGAAGGAGAGACCGCUUUUAGAAAAACUUGAAAACAGCAGACCCAUUACGUUGCAGAAGAAUCUCUGAUAUAUAUGGGCGCGCUCAUCAAAAAGUUGAAGAAGAGAACGCAUUUAUCGUCCAAGUUGCAUUUAAGCUUUCCACCAAAUACAACGAUACAAAGAGUCUGAUAAAAACGUUGAGGCAACUCUACUUUAGCUCCAUGAAAAACACAGGAGAUUUUCUACACGCGAGCUUAGAUCAGGGUACGAAUUCGAUAGUUCCUUAUUCCCCGACAUCAUCUACUUGCCUCGACUGCGAUUUUAGCCAAAAAAUAUCGGUAUUGCAUAGUAUUAGUAUUACGUGUAUACAAACAUAUCGUUUAUGCGAAUCUCUUCAUUAUUGAUCGUCCAAAAACGUGAUGCAACGUUUGCAGAUGUUAUAAAUGCAAAAUACAUUUCCACACUUCUAAUAUAGAUACAAUUCAUACAAUGUAUAUUAGAUAGUGUAGAUAAAUUUUAUUCUCGAUCAUUUUUGCUGAAUAUUUUUUUUGUGUCUCAAUAUAAGCUACAAUCUGUCACAGCAGGACAUUCAGCAACUAUUUUGUAGAUUUAUUACAAAGUCAUGCGUUGGAUAUGUUCAAUGACACAUCCACUAUCGUUCACUUUCUAGUAAUAGAGAGUUUGUUUAGAUUAUCUAAAAAGAUAAUAUUUAACGCAAAUUUAAUUCUAAUUCCGUUGACAUACGUAUACAUAAAACUGCGAAAACUUUUCUAAUGUACACACACGGUAUAGAAUAUUUUUUAUUAUAUCUUACAAAACAGACUAAAAAUUUCCGAAUAAAAGAAAAAUUUCCUAAUAUUUUACCUGAUUCGAAUUAGAUUCGAGUCGGAUAAAAUUUUAUAUAGUAUUUUUAUAUAAGUGACAUAAAAUACAGUUUUUACUAAUUAUAAGUAGAGCUCGAUCGUUAUUGAUCAAACAUCUACUGCACAUGGCUGACCACGGCAGUCCCAGUGUGUUGUUAUCCUUGAGAAGAAAUUGUAUCUUGUUAUGAAUAAACGAUUUGGAUAUUAAUUUAUAAAAAA